CAGUCUCAAGAAUCAGUAACGUCGGUCAAGACGUGUGUCAAUGAAAAUGUUUAUUUAUUUUUUUAUUAAUUCAAUACUUUUAAUCAAUGGAAUUGAUUGUAUCCGUAAUCAAUAUGAACGUACAAACUAUUGGAGACUAUUUGGAUAUGAUAUUGACGGUGUCAAAUAUACGACUGAUUCAGAUUACGAACAAUCAGUAGGUUCGAUACAGUUCGAAAAUGAAGUCGUAGAGGACAAUGAAAAAUUUCUUAUACAAAAAAACUUAGUUCCUUACAGCACAGUCUAUUUAUUUUUGAGCCAAGUCGUGAGUAUGCCCAGGACUAGACCAGGUAUACCUUUCACUUUAAAUAUUAUGGAUAUUUGGAAUUAUGGAAAAGAUAAUUACAGUCCACUCCUCAGUCCUUUUCCGAAUACUCUGGAAGCGAAGAAUAUAAUUUCAGUGUAUGACAUAUUCAGGGAUGGAUGCAGGAGACUCUGGAUGGUCGAUACAGGGUUCAUUGAUAUUCCUGGUGUCAGAAAACAAGUUCAACCACCGACAGUGCUCAUAAUAAGUGGACAUCGACACGUGAUCUAUCAAAAAAUACGCAUAGAUCCAGAAGUACUUCAUAAUGGGGUAACAUCAGGCCUUAGAACCAUCGCCAUAGACUACAUCUUACCUUGUUCGGAGACCUUUAUGUAUAUAAAUGAUGACAGCAGUAACGCUGUUAUCGUCUUUUCGCUGAGGAACAAGAGCUUUCAGAGGAUCGUCAGAUCGAAUGCAAAGGACGAAGCGUGGAGCUUUCCUGUACCAAAAUCAAUUGUAAAUUACAUGACGAACGUGGUCAGGUACCGGCAGCCCCCGAACGAGACGUUUAUACAGUACUCAGAUUUACUGAAAACAACAAUUGCCGAUCGGGAGAAGUUACGCUCUGAUGCGGAACUAAGCGAACCCAAAGCCAAUCCCCGAGGGGUGUUGUAUGAAAGAAAUGUAGACAGCAACGUUUUAUUUUUCACAAACGAAGAACGCACGCUUCUAUUUUGUUGGAACGCGGACACACCCAUGGUAGAAGAGAAUGUAGCAUUGCUCACCGACAUAUCGUCGAACAACGAUUUUUAUAUAUCCGGAAUGGAAACUUCCGGAUAUGUCUUUAAAUUCCUGGUCAACAGGAUACGGAAUAUCGAUAAUAAUAUUUAUAAUGAACAAGCAAUCAAUUUCGCUAAUUAUGAGGCCCUAGUUCUCGAAAUGCUGCAGAAUACAACGUGCUCCGCAAGAACUGAGUGUUCCAACUUCCUCGACCAGUGGAACAAGGAAAGCUCAAAUUAUGUCAUAGGUGACAUCAAAUAUUACGCUAAAUACAUAACGGAUGAAUUCAAAUCAGAUUGGAAGAGAGACGUAGAGGCUAUUUGGGACUAAUUGUAAUUUAAUUUAGUAGUUAUAUAAUAGAUAAUUUGGGAAAGUUAUUAAAAACAUAAUAUUGCAAACGAACUAGAACUGUAAUGUUCAGAUUUUAUGUCAAUAUCUCGCAAGCUAAAUCCUACCUAUAUAUCGGCUGUGAAAUAUCAAAACCCAGUAUCUGCAUAAAACUAAAUUUUACAGGAGAGCCGAAAAACAAUUUCAUAUCUUUGACAGCGUGCCGUUUCAAUAAUAUUAGUCGUACCUUCUUGAGAGUGAUUGCAAAAUUUGAGGUGCAUAACAGGCUUUAUAAAAAAGUAGAUUUCAUGCGUCUAUCACAAAAGAUGUGCGUAGAGGAGCAGUUACUAAUAAAAAGAUUGUUUUCUUAGAUCAAACUUUUUGAGUGUGACAAUUUCAAAACCUAGUAAGAUCACUUGCUUUGUUUUCAUCUAAUUCUAAAAUAUAAUGAGUGGGGAUAAACGCAAAUUAAUAGACUUAGUAAGAUCACUUGCUUUGUUUUCAUUUAGGUCUGAAUUUACUGAGUAGGAACUAAAUGCAAUUUUUUAAACAUAGUAAGAAAAAACAGAAUAAAACAACAUAAAUAUGGGCAGAAAUAAGCAGUUUUAAUGAAAAAGAAAAAAAAAACACAUAAUCGGAAACCAAA